GUAAUAUAUAUCUCGGUCUCGGUGGUAUUUAUCUAGAGAUAAAGAUUGAUGCUAGAGAAAUUAUAAUACUAAGAAAUUAUAAUACUGGAUUUUCCUUUGCGACUUUUAGACCUGAGUGUCCCCUUACAGCCUGCGUUUGCAUUGCCUUUACAUCUAUAUUCUUUUUGUUGAUAAGUCCCGUAUAAACGGAGCAAGACGUAAUGAGAUCGAAAGAACUUGUCUGUCUUGCCCUAAGUUGCUUCUCAGCACUCGUCCAAGCUUGCGGCGGACAUGAUCAUCAGGUUAGAGAAUGGUCCCAAGAGGAACUUGACGAAUUAGACAGGAAAUGGGGGGCCGAGUGGGGGUUCUCGGGCAUUUCCACGUUCGCUCAUCUGGAAUAUCACAAGUGUCUAACAACGCCGAGCGAGCUCUUCGACAUCGCCAUCAUCGGUGCUCCUUUUGAUACUGCCGUGAGCUACCGGCCUGGAGCGCGCUUCGGCCCCCGCGCCAUCCGCGCCGCCUCGGCACGACAGACUUCCUUCCGGGGCUUCAACCCGCGCGCCGGAAUCAACCCCUACGCGAGCUGGGCGCGGAUCCUGGACUGCGGAGACAUUCCCGUGGUGCCGGUAGACAACGCGGUGGCGGUAAAGCAGAUGACAGCUGCGUUCGCGGAGCUCAGCGCGCGCGCCCCGUCGUCGCCCUCCCUACAUCCACGCCCCAAGCUCCUCACGCUGGGCGGUGAUCACAGCCUAUCCCUACCGGCGCUGCGGGCGGCGUUCGCAGCCCACGGUCCGCUGCGCGUGCUCCAUUUCGACGCGCACCUGGAUACCUGGCACCCGGCCAACUACCCCAGCUACUGGGCCUCGGAGCAGUCGCGGUUCACGCACGGCUCGAUGUUUUACUUGGCUGGGGAAGAGGGACUGAUAGCGAAUGGGACGGGGUCCGCAAGUGUGCAUGCUGGGUUACGGACACGACUGUCCGGCUUAGAAGACUACGAAGACGACGACGCGCAAAACUGGGUGCGUAUUAACGCGGAUGACGUGGAUGAGCUGGGGACGAAGGGUAUUGUAGAGAGUAUCAUGGGGACGCUGGGGACCGAGGACCCGGUUUACUUAUCGGUUGAUAUCGACGUGUUAGAUCCGGCGUUUGCGCCGGGGACGGGAACGCCGGAGCCGGGAGGGUGGACUACGCGGGAACUGAUCCGGAUACUGAGGGGGAUCGAGGGGUUGAAUCUUGUAGGUGCGGAUGUGGUAGAGGUUGCGCCGGCGUAUCAGGGGGUGGGGGAGGAGACGGCGUUGGCGGCGGCGCAGGUUGUCUUUGAGAUACUGAGUAGUAUGGUUAAGAGGGGGUUGAAGGAGAUGGGGAAGACGGGGGCGAGCGGGGAAGGGAAUGUUGAUAGGGAUGAGUUAUAGAUGUAGACGAGGUGUUAUGUCAGGGGAUAUCUAUACGGAGUAGCUCUGUUUCGAGCGUGGGUAGAGACACAUGAGGGUAUUAGGAUGGAGUAGCUACGGGGUUUAGAGCUAUGUUUGGCGAGGAGUUUGAGCUAGAUGUUACGGCGGGAUGACUGGCUCGGUAGACGAUAUGACGGAGUUGUAUAAAGAUUUCGAGUAUAACACUGGUUUUUUAGAGACUACCUAUAUAUCUGAUAAAACUAUUCUCAUAAACAUAUUCCUACCUGCCCAGGAUGAAUCUUCCGAAAUAGAUAUCU